AUGCGGCUCACACUCUCUACCGUCGGCAUCGUGCUGACCCUCGCCAGCGCCGCUCUGGGAGGUCCCACCUUGAAGACCAGCCUGGACGCAAAAUGCGGUGCGGCCGUUGGUGCCACCUGUCAAGGCUCUGCUUUUGGCAACUGCUGCUCCAAAAACGGCUGGUGCGGUAGCACGAAUGCCUACUGCGGAACCGGCUGCCAGUCCGGGUACGGUACCUGCACCACUGCCGUCACGACCAGCGGCGGGACUUCUACGCCUUCCGCCGGAACCACCCCUCCUGGGCUGGUGAUCAGCACGGACGCCAAGUGCGGCAACGGGUUUACCUGCCAGGGCUCGGCGUUUGGUAACUGCUGCAGCAAGAAUAACUGGUGCGGAAGUAGUGCAUUCGGAACCUGCAACGCCGUGGCUUCGGCAUCCACGUCGUCCGCCAGCUCGUCCUCCACCGGCGCUGCAAACACCCCAGGCCUCAAGGUCAGCACCGACGCCAAGUGCGGCAACGGGUUUACCUGCCAGGGCUCGGCUUUCGGGAAUUGCUGCAGCAAGAACAACUGGUGCGGUAGUCGGCACGGAAAUGCUAACAUGCAGCAGAGCAACGCUUACUGCGGGGCGGGUUGUCAAAGUGCCUUUGGAAGAUGCAAUGCCGUGGUGGGCUCGUCGAGUUUGUCGACUACCACUACCAGUCACGCAACGACCUCGUCUUCGACCACAGCAUCUUCGACCACCACGUCGUCUGUCGCGAGCAGCACCACGUCUGCCUCCAUCAGCUCCGCCUCAAGCUCGACCGAAACUUCUUCGACAACCUCUGCCUCUUCUGUCCAAAGCUCUUCUACCGACACCACUACCACGUCCUCGUCGACUUCGUCCUCAUCGACUUCGUCCUCGUCCGUUGAAAGCUCUUCUUCCACCACCAGUACCGAAACCUCUUCAUCGGCGUCUUCCUCAUCCACUUCAAGCGCCACUUCAGUCAGCACUACCGAUAUGUCUUCCUCAACAUUGACGUCCUCCCUUGCCAGCAGCACCACAACUAUCACCUCGGAUUCCACAACACUCACUACAGACACAGUUACCGCCCAGACUUCCACAUCUGGCAGUGCAACCCCCAGCUCGACUGAGACCUCGUCAGCCUCGACCAUUGAGACAAGCUCCUCGUCGGGCAUCCCAACUUCUACCCUGGAAACCUCCAGCUCUACUACGUCGGCGACAACCAGCAGCAGCGAUAGCACAACCUCCAGCACCAGCACAGAUGUGACCACAAGCUCGCAGUCGACUGAGGCUUCGACCUCGACCGCACCAACUGUAACUGUAGAGGAUACCAGCACCGUGGUUCCCACCACCUCGGGAACCACGUCGUCUUCUUCUGAAAGCUCCACUGCGGUCACAUCAACUGAAACAUCAACUGCGGUUCCCAGCUCUACUGUUACCGAGUCCACCGAGACGUCUGUCACACCAACUGCCACUUCAACAAGCACCGUAGAGAACAGUAGCAGCACAGUCACUACUAGCUCGGAGACUACGUCAUCCGCUUCUGAAAGCUCAACUGCGGCGUCGUCAACUGAAACAUCUACGGUUUCCACCUCUAGCAGUGUCGAAUCGACUGAUGCACCAACCUCGACCACAUCAGCUGUUACUGUAGAGAAUAGUAGCACCGUGGUUCCUACCACCUCGGAAACCACGUCGUCCUCUUCUGAAAGCUCGACCGCGGUGACGUCGACCGAGACAUCAACUACAGCUUCCAGUUCUACGGUUACUGAGUCCACCGAUACUUCUGUGACACCAGCUGCCACUUCGUCUACAACUUCCAGCUCCACUGUUGUCGAGUCGACCGAUAAUGCUUCGCUUACAUCGUCAAGCUCCACCACCUCGGCCGCGCCGGAGACCACCAGCUCAUCCACCUCGAGCAGCACUUUGACCUCGAGCAGCGCCACCACCUCGUCCGCGCCGGAGACUACCAGCUCAUCCACCUCGAGCAGCACUUCGACCUCCAGCAGCGCUACUACCUCGGCUGCGACAACAACUACAAGCACCUCAACUUCAAGCACAUCGGCCUCUAGCAGCACCACCACCUCGGCCGUCCCAACCCAAGUCCUUCCCACCCUAGCCGGCUACCAGCUCCGUGUGUUCAACAAGACUGGCCCAGCAUGCUAUCUCCAAUACACUUCCGGGUUAAGCAUCGUCGGCAACGUGGUCACUGAAAGGGAUGCCAACGGCAACUUUCCCGCUUUCCUCGAGCGAUGCCGGACCGCCAACAACAACUUUCAAAAUCGCCCAGUGGUUGAGGUGUUGGUAGUUAGCAAUACUUUGAGAUGUUAUAUGUCAACUAUGCAGUACAAUGAAGCAUUGUUGUACUGCAAAAAUCCAGCUGUUACAUACAGCGCCGUUUUCUCAAUUGUGCCCAACGCCAAGAGGACGCGAAGGGACAUCUCGGCCAGACGCCCGGCUCCCCCCAGGGUCGACUCCGGCCCGGUGGCCAGGCGCGCGCCUGCCGCCGACACGGAGUCUUCGUAG